AUGGGAGCUGAACCUCACAACAACUCAGGGUUGCCUUCUUUCACCUUGAUAGGACUCCCAGGGCUGGAGACCUCCCAGCACUGGAUGUUUCUGCUCCUUGGUGCCCUCUAUGUUGUCGCUAUUGCAGGCAAUGCUCUUAUCCUUCUCAUUAUCAAGGAGGAGCAAAGUUUGCACCAGCCUAUGUAUUACUUCCUGUCCCUGCUCUCAGUUAAUGACUUAGGUGUGUCUUUCUCCACACUGCCCACCGUAAUGGUCACAUUUUGCUUCCAUUUAAGGGAUAUCAGUUUUAAUCCUUGCAUGGCCCAAAUGUUCUUUAUUCAUCUUUUCUCCUUCUUGGAGUCUGAGGUCCUCCUGGUCAUGAGUUUUGAUUGCUAUGUGGCCAUCUGUAAUCCACUGCGCUAUGCCACAGUACUCACUGAUACCCGUGUGGUCCAGAUGGGCAUGACUGUUUUUAUCCGCAGUUUUUGCAUGGUUUUGCCAUUACCUUUCCUUCUGAAGAGGUUAUCCUUCUGCAAGACCAAUGUGCUCUCCCAUUCCUACUGCCUGCACCCAGACCUGAUCCGCCUGCCCUGUGGUGACAUCACCAUUAACAAUAUCUUUGGUCUGUUUAUUGUCAUCUCUACCUUCGGCUUGGAUUCUGCUCUCAUUCUCCUCUCUUAUGUGCUCAUACUUCAUUCUGUACUUGCUAUUGCCUCCCGGGAGGAACGCUUAAAGACACUCAAUACCUGUGUGUCACACCUGUGUGCUGUGCUCAUCUUCUACGUGCCCAUGGUUGGUGUGUCCAUGGCUGCUCUCUAUGGGAGGCAUGCCCCACAGUACAUACACACACUCCUCUCCCUUAUUUAUCUAUUUGUACCUCCAAUGCUGAAUCCCAUCAUCUACUCCAUCAAAACCAAAGAGAUUCAUCAGAGGCUUUGCAAAACACCGCUGGGAACCAAGUUCUGA